CCCAAUAUAUGGUAGCUUGUAACACUCCUCCAACUUGAAUCAACCUCCCAAAUCCCAUAUCAGUAUACCCCAAAACCAAAAUGCCUGAGGUCUCUGGUUCAUUCAAGCUCAAGUUAGCCAAAUUAGGAUACCAAUACCUAGUAAACCACAUCAUAACUUUCUUCCUCAUUCCCAUGAUGAUGUUUGUAUUCAUUCAAAUCCUCCAAAGAAGCCCUGAAGAACUCCUAAGUCUUUGGAACGUUCUCAACUUCACACUUGUUCACGCCGUUUGUUCCUCAUUUGCCAUCAUUUUCAUAACUUCCUUUUACUUCAUGUCCAAACCUCGUACGGUAUACCUAGUAGAUUUUGCAUGUUUCAAACCUCCAUGCCAUUUCCGAGCACCUUAUGCAUCUUUUGUGGAACAUGCCAGACUUGUCUUGCCUGAUCACCCCAAAAGUGUAAGUUUCCAAACGAAAAUGCUAGCAAGAUCCGGUCUAGGUGAAGAGACAUGUUUACCCCCCGCCAUACACUACAUCCCUCCAACGCCCACUAGGGAACUUGCUGGAGAAGAAGCUGAACUUGUAAUUUUCUCAGCUAUGGAUUUAAUCCUGAAUCAAACUGGGCUUAAGCCACGAGAUAUUGAUAUACUCAUCGUAAAUUGCAGCGUUUAUUCACCAACCCCGUCUUUGUCAGCUAUGAUCAUCAAUAAGUACAAGCUCAGGAGUAACAUCAAGAGCUUCAAUUUAUCAGGAAUGGGGUGCAGCGCAGGGCUGAUUUCUGUCGAUUUAGCCCGUGAUCUGCUUCAAGUUCAUCCAAAUUCAAAUGCUGUGAUUGUAAGUACAGAGAUUAUCACCCCAAAUUGCUAUAUGGGAAAUGAUAGAUCAAUGCUUCUGCCUAAUUGUUUGUUUAGAAUGGGAGGCGCUGCAAUUCUUCUGUCCAAUCGAUGGACAGACAGAUGGCGAGCAAAGUAUCGUUUAGUCCACGUUGUAAGAACUCACAAAGGAGCCGAUGAUAAAUCUUACAGAUGUGUAGAACAAAAAGUAGAUUCUGAAGGCAAUCUAGGAAUCUCGUUGUCCAUUGAUCUCAUGGCAAUCGCGGGCGAAGCUUUAAAGUCUAACAUCACAACAAUCGGCCCUCUUGUUCUUCCAGCAUCAGAGCAACUCCUGUUUUUGCUCACCUUAAUUGGCAGAAAAAUCUUUAAGCUAAAGCUGAAGCCUUACAUUCCCGACUUCAAACAAGCAUUCGAGCACUUCUGCAUCCAUGCCGGAGGAAGGGCUGUGAUAGAUGAGCUGCAGAAGAGCCUGCAGCUUUCAGCUGAGCAUGUUGAGGCAUCCAGGAUGGCCCUGCAUAGGUUCGGGAAUACUUCCUCAUCAUCAUUAUGGUAUGAAAUGAGCUACAUUGAAGCUAAAGGGAGGAUGAAGAAGGGUGACAGAGUUUGGCAGAUUGCAUUUGGGAGUGGAUUCAAGUGCAAUAGUGCAGUUUGGAAGUGUAACAGGGCCAUAAAAGCUCCAACAAAAGGACCAUGGGAAGACUGCAUCGACAGAUAUCCCUUUUACAUUCCUGAAGUGGUUAAGCUUUAAGUAUGAUUGCUUUCUUGGAAGUUUCUUCUAUAGAUCAUGUUUGCAUAGACUAUGGUCUUAGACUCUUAGUCAUUCACAUGCUUGUAUCAUAUGCAUUGGAAUUUGUAUAUUUUAGUAAAGGUGCAAGUAUUUUAGAUCAUAGUUUAUCGAUAGAUUGGCACGUUCUUAAGAAUAAUAAUGUCUUUGUUGACGCGAACAUGCCUCUUUAUAUGUUGCCCUGUCAUGCACGUACAAGUCUUGUAUGAUUUCGUCUGUAAGUGAGGGCGUUGUUAAUGGGAAUUAUUGCAUGACCGUGGAGUGGUUGAAUUA